AUGACAUCCACCAAACCCUCUGAGCGACUGCUCAAAUACCCCCCAAUGACAAGACAGGACUUGAAUCAGUCGCAGUUGGGCAGCUUCAAGUUCACUCCUGUCGACAGCCUCCGUCCGAUUCCCGACAAACCUGUGCCCUCAAAGUUCCUCCAGGAUCAGCUGGCCGAGAGCAUCGCUCGUGCCUUAGCUCAUGAUGCAGCACGUCACCGAAAAGCCGUGUCAGUGGGAGGCAAGACCUCAUUGCCACACAAGGCGGCCCCGGCACCUGAUGCAAACUUCUUUAACCAGAACUUCAAACCGGAUCUGUCCGACUCACGUCUGAAGCUGGGAUCUGCUGCUCUUCGCUCUGCAGUUGCUGGUGCAACCAGUCCUACGAAGACAGAUCGGCCAUCUGUAGAUCGACUUUCCUCACACAAUUCAACCCUGGCUCAAAAUGCACAAACCUCAGUGUACCACAACUCUCGUACAAUCAUGGAUCCAUUGGCUUCCACAUUCACUCCGUUGUCGUCAUCAUUGGGCAACUCAGGUCUUCCUGUCUCCGAUGGUAUAAUGUCGAGCUCCUACCAUCCCGACCCUGCAGCUCUCAGCCAGUCGCUGUGUCUAGCUCUUGCUAAUGAACAGCAAGCACAUAAUGCGACCAAAUUGGCACUCGAAGAGGAGACCCAACGUUGUUUGCACCUAGAACAGCAGAUCGAGAAGUACAUACAGAAGAUCGCCACGCUGACGACCACUGUUAAAAGCCUUGGAGCCAUCAUCAAACACAACGUCAAUCAAGAAAACCAAGCACAUCUCAAGGAUGACAAUAGGGAGAGCACAAUGAAGCGUAACCAAGAGGAGGCGAUCCCAAAAGAACUCAGUCAGGAUCAUUCAAGCCCAAAUGUGGAGGAAAUGGAGCCUCCAAAUCCAGGUUGUGAAGAGCAGAAUGAUUUCACAGAAGCAAUUGCUGUCGCGGAGACAGUCGUCGACGAAGCGCAACUCUUCAAUUUGGAGUUACUCAAGAGCCCCAGAUUCGACCCUUCUCCUGACGCUGCCUUGCGUAACACCUUGAGAAAGCACUUUGUCGUUACCGACUCAUCAGCGGAAGCCACCACAAAGACGCCUGCAAACAAACAUGUGGAUGUUAGAAAGCUCAUCGAUCUGUCUCCUGAGUCUCCCGAGGACCACAAGGAGAUUGUGGCUCGUGACAACCACCAGACUCAAGGUGAACCCAACGGCGCGAAAGGCUGGAAUACCCUCUUGACCGCGGACACCCCAGUCCUUGAGUUGCCCGCCUCGAUCAUCGCAAAGUACUCCGGAAAGCCAGCUACUGAAGAGACAAAUGUGUCUGAUCAAAAAGACACUUCUCCAAACAGUUGGGAAGUCGGCGCACCGAAGACGACAGUCGUCGACAGCUGUAGCAUGAAGAUCGGGGAGGAGCUUGAGCUCCGUGAGGUCGCCAGCGGCCAAACGGCGGAUACCACUGUCAGACGUAUUACUGUAAAGAUUCCUGAAAGUUUUGAUGGCGAACCCAAAUGGCUGGUCAACAAGAACAACCCUUUAUUCGACACAGACCACGAGAUGUGGCAGGUUUGUGCUCAAGCGUUUCCUGCUUGGGUCGAGAACAGUCCCUUUCCUGCUUUUCCGGUUCGUUAUCUCCCUGAACAAGCAGCUGGUUCUGCCAACGCAUAUCGCACUGUCAUGGUCGACGCCAUACCGGUCGGCUCUACUCUGAAAGACGUUCUCACCAUUGUUCGCAGCGGAAUCCUCGAGUCCAUCUUACUCGUUCCGCCUAUUGGACGAGUCAACCCAUACAUGACUUCCCAAGUUAUUUUUGUUCAUGAGUCAGCAGCUGAUGGCAUGUACAAGAGACAAAAGACGGCACCAUUCAUCAUCAACGGCUCCGCGGUCCGUGUUUGGAAGCCUAUGGAUCCAACAUAUCCUAGCAAUCGUCAGCUUACCGAAGCCAUUUUUGGUGCUGAGGAAGCAACACGUAUCGUGUUGAUUGGCAACAUAGAAGAGGCUGAGUUUGCCAUGGUCCAGCCCAAGCUGCUACGACUCAAUCUUGAUCGAUACGUGAUUGAGUACAGCGUGACUGUGGAUGGUUUCGGCUCCAUCGAGUUUCCAAGUAUCAAGACUGCGAUCAAGGCGACAGCGGAAUUGAAGAAGGACCGCGAUUUCGCAACGGCUGUCUUCAGUUACGAUGACGAUUACACUCGAGAAGGUUAUUAA